ACACACACACACACACAUUCAAACACACACUCAUGCAUGCAUACACACACACGCACGCUCAAACACACGCUCGCACACAAGCUCAUACAGGCAGGCGCGCUCGUGCGCGCGGUCGGAGCAUCAUGCAAACCGUGCGCAAUCGCACAGGUUUGAUUAAUCCGUUGGCGCGCGGCGUUUACCGCACCGAUUCGGCGGGGGAGGCGCGCGGACUGCGGUAGAUCAGAUCUGCUCCUCGCGCUGGAAUAGAGCUGCAGUGCAUGCGGGCUCAGCGAGGAUGCUCGCGCUGCAGUGUCUGCUGUUUGCUGUAGUGGCAGGCAGGAUCAGCAGCAGCAGCAGCACUGGUCAGUGGGAACACAUCACACACCCUAAACGCCUCCUGCAGCAGAAGCUCUCCACAGAGGAGACACCACACAGCAGCCUGGACACCAGGGCCAGAGAGAGCGGGCGAGAGACUCUGCUCCACUUAGCCCAGAGCACUUUCCAGAUUGAGGCUUUCGGAAGCACUUACAUCUUAGAUCUCCAGUUAAAUCAUGACCUUUUAUCCUCUGAUUAUGUGGAGCGUCACUUUGAUAAAGAAGGAAAACCGUCUCAGACAGCGGGUGGAGAACACUGUUAUUAUCAUGGCUCGUUGAGAGGAAAUCCACGAUCCUGGGCAGCACUAGCAACCUGCCAAGGCCUUCAUGGAAUGUUUUCAGACGGUGUGUUCUCCUACAUCAUUGAGCCGCUGAUCAAUAAAACCGAUCAGAUUGUCGACGCCCACCUGGUGAAGAAAAUUCCAGACAUAAAACUCACAACCUCCUGUACAGAUUGUACUCCAGAUGAAGACCCUGAGGAGGAUCUGCAGUCUGACUCUGAACAAACAGAGGGAUUAAAACGCACAAAACGCCGGGUAUCCAGGCCCAGAGUUCACACUGAGACCAAAUACAUUGAGCUCAUGAUCAUCAAUGACUUUGAAAUGUUUGUACAGUUACGGCGCUCGACCACCCAGACGAGGAACUUUGCCAAAGCGGUGGUGAACAUGGCAGAUGCGAUCUAUAAGGAACAGCUCAAUACCCGCAUUGUUCUGGUUGCGAUGGAAACCUGGACGUCUGGCAACCCAGUUUCUGUGGUUCCUGAGCCGCUGAUAACAUUACAGAACUUCAUGCAGUACCGCAGAGAGAGCGUCCAGGAGAACCCUGACUCAGUACAGCUUCUGUCGGGAAGUACAUUUCAGAGCAGCAGGAGUGGAUCCGCCUACACUGGAGGAGUGUGUUCCAUCACUCAAGGAGGCGGGAUUAAUGAGUACGGCAGUGUGGGCUCUGUGGCGGUUUCUCUUUGUCAGAGUUUGGGUCAGAACAUCGGCAUGAAGUGGAACAACAUUCGCAACGCUGCAGGAGACUGUCGGUGUCCUGAUGCCUGGCUGGGAUGUAUAAUGGAGGACACAGGGUAUUAUCUUCCGCGGAAGUUCUCCCGCUGCAGUGUGGAUGAAUAUCUGCAGUUUCUGCUCCAGGGUGGAGGAAGCUGCCUCUUCAAUAAGCCCAGUAAGCUGCUGGAUCCUCCUGAGUGUGGGAAUGGUUUUGUGGAACCGGGAGAGGAGUGUGACUGCGGCUCACAGGUGGAGUGUGCACGCAGUGGAGGAGCCUGCUGUAAGAAGUGCACUCUUACCCAUGAUGCAAUGUGCAGUAAUGGCCUAUGCUGUCGAGAAUGUAGGUACGAGCAGAGGGGGGUGAUGUGCAGAGACGCAGUGAACGACUGUGAUAUCCCCGAAACCUGCACUGGAGACUCCAGCCAGUGUCCUCACAACGUUCACAAGCUAGACGGGUACAUGUGUGAUAACAAUCAGGGUCGCUGUUAUAACGGCCGCUGUCGGACGCUCGAUAAUCAGUGCAGAUCCCUGUGGGGCUACAGUGCUGCAGACCGGUUCUGCUACGAGAAGUUAAACGCUGAAGGAACAGAGAAAGGAAACUGUGGACGAGCUGCAGGAGGACAGAGCUGGAUCCAGUGCAAUAAACCAGAUGUGCUGUGUGGUUUUCUCUUCUGUUCUAAUGUGACGGAAAAGCCGAAGUUUGGUGACCUGCAGGGGGAGCUGACUAGCCUGACCAUCUACCACCAGAACAAGUAUCUGGACUGCCGAGGUGGUCAUGCGGUUCUGGAGGACGGGUCUGAUCUGGGUUAUGUGGAGGACGGGACGCCGUGUGGUCCCAGUAUGAUGUGUCUGGAGCGCCGCUGUCUUCCACUCAGCUCCUUCAACAUCAGCACCUGCCCCGGCUCCAACUCCGGACCCACCUGCUCCAACCACGGAACCUGCAGUAAUGAGGUGAGGUGUAUCUGUGAGCCGGAUUACACGGGGAAGGACUGCAGUGUGUUCGAUCCCAUCCCUGACCCCACCCCCCCACCUGGACCUGACAAGAAAGGUCCCAGUGGUACCAAUAUAAUAAUAGGCUCCAUUGCGGGGGCUAUUCUCCUGGCAGCUAUAGUGCUGGGGGGCACAGGCUGGGGAUUUAAAAAUAUCCGGAGAGGAAGGUCUGGCGGAGGAUAGUCUUUCUGUCUUCCUGUGUGUAUUACGUUUACACCACAGAGUGACUGAGUGAGCGUGUGUGUGUGUGUGUGUCUACGUCCAAGCUCAAGUCUUCCACCCUCAUCCUCUGAACCUGCUCCACCCUCUUCUCCUGUCCGGUCGCUCCCCCUCAGCCAGAUCAAAUCUCCACCAGCAGGACGUCCAACACAACAUUCCAGCCAAUCACGUGCACAGAAGAGGGUGGUGCUCUGGAUAAACUGUGUGUGUGUGUGUGUGUUAGUGUGUGUGUGGGACUGAGAGAUUUUGAAACUUUCUGACAGCAGGAACAGUCGGACUGUUUACUGAACUGUUCACUUUAGUUCUGUUCUUGAUGAAAGAGCGGGAGAACAGCCGGAGGAACAGCGGCUUCACUCUGGGGGAAAAAAACGGACUGAGCUGAUCUGAGCAUUUCCUGCCAAAAUCAUCUUUCCUCAAGAACUUUUCUACAAACUUGAUAUUCAUUCCCAGUGUUCCUGAAUCGUCUCAGUGGUCCUAAGGGUUCUGAUGGUCCUGAGGGUCUCAGGGGUCCAGAUGGUGUUAAUGGUUCUGGGUGGUUCUGAUGGUUUCAUUUGUCCUGAGGGUCUCAUUCACCAUGAGGGUUUCAUUGAUCCUAAAGAUCCUAAUGGUUUCAGUAGUCCUGGUGGUUUCACUGAUAGUCCUGAUGGCCUUAGUGAUUCUGGGUGGUCCUUAUGGUUUCACUGAUAGUCCUGAUGGUCUUAGUAGUCCUAUCAAAAGUCCUGAAGGGUCUCAUUCGUCAUGAGGGUUUCACUGGUCCUAAAGUUCCUGAUGGUUUUAGUAGUCCUGAUGGUUUCUGUAGUCCUGAUGGUCUCACUGAUGGUCCUGAUGCCCUCACUGAUGGUCCUGAUGCCCUCACUAAUGGUCCUGAUGCCCUCACUAAUAGUCCUGGUGGCAUCACUGAUAGUCCUGAUGGUCUCAGUAGUCCUGGCGGCCUUAGUGGGUUUGGGUGGUCCUUAUGGUUUCAUUUGUCCUGAGGGUCUCAUUCGUCUUAAGGGUUUCACUGAUGGUCCUGAAGGUCUCAGUAGUCCUAUCAAAAGUCCUGAAGGGUCUCAUUCGUCAUGAGGGUUUCACUGUUCCUAAAGGUCCUGAUGGUUUCAGUAGUCCUGAGGUCUCACUGAUGGUCCUGAUGGUUUCAGUAGUCCUGAGGUCUCACUGAUGGUCCUGAUGGUCUCAGUAGUCCUGAUGGUCUAAAUGAUGGUCCUGGUGGCCUCAGUAGUCCUGGUGGUCUCACUGAUGGUCCUGAUGGUCUUAGUAGUCCUGGUGGUCUCACUGAUUGUCCUGAUGGUCUUAGUAGUCCUGAUGGUCUCACUGAUGGUCCCACUGAUGGUUUCAGUAGUCCUGAUGGUUUCACUGAUAGUCCUGAUGGUCUCAGUAGUCCUGAUGGUGUUACUGAUAGUCCUGAAGGUCCUGAUGUGGACCCAGUGGUAUUAGUAGUUCUGAUUGUCUCAGUGGUCCUAAUGGUCCUGGGUUGUCCUGAUUGUCUCAGUGAUCCUGAUGUUCUCAGAGGUCCUAUUGGUCCUGUGGGUCUCAAUGGUCCUGAUGGUCUCAGACGUCCUAAAUAUCCUUGGUGGGUCCUGAUGGGUUUCAGUAAUCCUGUUGGUUUCAGAGGUCCUAAAGGUCCUGGGUGGUCCUGAUGGUUUCAGUAAUCCUGAUGGUGUUACUGAUAGUCCUGAAGGUCCUGAUGUGGACCCAGUGGUCUCAGUAUGUCUGAUUAUCUCAGUGAUCCUUAUGGUCCUGGGGGUCUCAGUGGUCCUGAUGGUCUCACUGAUAGUCCUAAUGGCCUCAGUGGUCCUGAAGGUCUCAGUAGUCCUGUUAAGUUUAAAAAAAUCCAAUGGUCUUUGUUGUCCUAAGGGUUCUAAUAAACUCAGUAGUCCUGAUGGUCUUACAGGUGGUCCUGAUGGUCUCACUGAUGGUCUAGAAGGUCCUGCUGGUCUCAGUAGUCCUGUUAGUUUUAAAGGUUCAAAUGGUCUUAGUGGAUCCUGUGGUCUCAGCAAUCCUGAUGAUCUUAGAGAUCCUAAUGGUCCUGGUUGGUACUGAGGGUCUCAGGAGUCCUGUUAGUUUUAAAAGUCCUGCUGGUCUUCAUAGUACUGAGGGUCUAUAUAGUCACAGUGGUGCUGAUUGUCUCAAUGGUCCUGAUGUUCCUGAGUGGUCCUAAGUGGGUAUCACUUACUUGGAUGGUCCUGAUGGUCUGAGAUGUCCUGAAGGUCUAGUGUUUUUUAAAAGUAAACUCUCAGCAAAACACCAAUCACAGCACAGCCACACUGAUCACAUGACCACACUGGCCCAUGGUGUUUAGCGCUGGUUCUCUUUCAGCACAGGGAACGGCUGGGAUUCAAACCCGAGUAUCUGUGAUUUCCACCUUCAGCAGGAGAGACUUCAGUAUCAGGUUUAUACUGAUUUAUUCUAAUGUAUUCUAAUGGAAUCUGGUUUAUUCAGGUUGGGGUGUUUAAACUGGAAUCAGUUCUGCAUGUAGAAUCACACACUGAAACAUUCCACAUCUAGAAGACACUUCCCAGACUUUUAAUGUGUGUGUAAGUGUGUGUGUAAGUGUGUGUGUGUGUGUGUGUGUGUGAGAAAGAGAGACUGAGACACAAAAAAACGUGCAAAAAUAUUCAUGUUUUCUCUCUAAAACAGAUAAACGUUAUACAGGACAUCAGAGGAAGACUCUGAUUCAUCUCUUAGUAAAGGAUCCGGAUCCAGAACCAAACUGGAUUUUUAUUCAGAACUGUUUAUAUUCUCGUUGUUUAAAACUGGUUUAUUCAGGUUGUGUGAUAGAGGUCCGGUCCGUGUGUGUGUGUGUGUGUUUAAAGGCUAUAUCACUGCAGGUCCACCUCAGAUUUCAACAUGUAACUCUUUGGCUGCAUCGUAAUUGCGUACUAAUCACUAAUACUAUACAUUAUACACUGUAUACUCAUUUUUUUAUCUCAAUCUGCCAUCACACUUUACUUCUUAAAAUGUUCCAAAUGAAACUACUGCCAUUUUUGUGGUGCAGAGAAUUAAUUGUGGGUAACCGAGGACCUAGAAGGAUACAUCAGCUGCUCCCUAAAAACGUUCUGAAUGCAGAAAAACAGACUUUGGCUCGUUUGCACACUUGAUGCGGUUCGUUUAGGCAGGUGUGAAAACAGUAGUAGCACUUGGGUGAAGACGGUUUGAUCGGGUCUCAAACCAACUCUGAAAUUGUUAAAUUUUUGGUGAAAACGAGAUUCGGCCACAGUCUGUCCCGACUAUCAAAUGCACUCCUCAUGUUUGAGCUAAACGGCUGUUCAGGUGCAGUUUAACUUGAUUUAUUAUCCAUUUCUUCUGUGCUGCCAUCUCAUUUAAAACAAUGGGCCUCCUUCACCAACAAAACUGUUCUUAAAUCCCACUUAAACCCUCACUGAGAAUGUAUCCUGGAUAUUUCAUACUCAUACUGUUUCACGCUACACACUCAAACACUACUACCGUAUUUUUCGGUCUAUAAGGCGCACCAGAUUAUAAGGCGCAUUAAGCGACAUUAGUAAGGAUGCUACAUCAAAGUGAACGAGAGGGUCGCCAUAUUUCCCUUCUAAUGGAUAAGCUGUAGGAAGAGCCUAAAACAGGGACCGUGAGGUUGUUUGAACUAUAAUAACCGAUAAUGAAAAAUGUAUAAAAUGCUUUUCUGGUGAGCUUUUGUUUACACACCUCUCUGUCGCGCUUGGUUUGACUUUAUUUUCUGCUCGUUCUCGUUUUUCUGCCCGCUCUUGUGCUCCCAAUCUUCUUAUAAGGGUGUUUUUAUCAGCUGUAUCCCAAUUCACUAGACUACAGUCUAGUGAACUACAGUCUGAUAUACUCACUCUGAAUGGUGAAAAGAGGUAGUGCUGUAGUUAGCAGCUAGUGCUAAUGCUGCUGCUCCCAGCCUUAGUGCUGGAGAAACUUCACUGAAAACUCUUAUACCCUUAUAACUCUGUAUUCAGCUGAGUGGCUUUUACUGCUCCUUAAUACCUGACUGAUAGAAUUUAUACAUAAUAAUAAUAUAAAUUAUUAUUUAAGUGCGCUUUAUAGUCCGAAAAAUACGGUUUAGUUCGUAUUAUUAUUAAGUACACAAUUGGGACGCACCCUUGUUCCUCUUCCUAAUGUUACGCUGCUCCGGAGAGCUGAUCAAUAUAAUUGAUCUGUAUGAAAUGAAUGUUUAAUAUUACUGUGAUGAUGAAUCAUAUUAAUGAUCAAUCAGAUUUCCAAAUCAUUUUAAUAUCAGCUCAGUUUUAAGCAUUGAGUUUUAGUGUCUGACACAACUUUUAAUGUUUUAACGUUCGACUGUGAGCCAGUCUGCUGCUGCUGAGGUGUUAGCAGGGGGUUCGUUAGCAACUGCCGAGGGUCCACCCACCUGCCACAGGGGGACGUAGCACACACUUCCAAAAAAAAAAAAAAGUCAAAAAAAAUAAAAAAAUAAAAAAUCACCGAAAUGUUUUUAACGUUUGUCAGAAACGAGUGAGCAUUUUUAAAACCAUCCAUCCAGCAUAGAAUUAAUGUUUAAAAUUAAAAUCAGAGAAAAAUCUAUUAAAAAAAAGAAUAAAAUCUGCAUGUAUCUCUGUGCUAAUUAGUGGAAAACUGAGGUCUUGUGUUAUUAAUUAUAUUAAUUGAUUUAUUUAUCUGAUUUGAUUGAUUUGUCUCUUUGUUUUACAGUGAUGAUCACUGUCGGAGUGCAUGUGAUGAAUAAACUCAGCACUGUUUGCAGCCCUGCAGCUCCACACUUACUUUCUCUACACGUAUUCUAUUGUUAAUUCUAAUUCUAAUUCUAAUUCUGUAGCUGAGCUGUAGAAAACUGUACAAAACACCAGAAUUAUACAUGAAUUAUAAUAAAGAAAUAAAGAUCUGGAAGCUCAAAUGUGAAUUAUCCAGAAAACCAUGA